GUGCAUAUUUCCCAGUCAAACAACAUAAUUUAAAUGGGAAACCGUUAACAGAUUAUGAAUAAAAAGGAAAAGAUAAUCUGCUUUUCCCUGUUAAGACAGAGAUGACUAAAUAUCUUCCCCACAUUGGGUCACACCGAAUAAUCACGCUCCCAACACCUUAUUAUCAUGAAACCAUGUUAGAGGAAUCAUGAAAGCUGAGGAAAAUAUGACCCCUAGACAAAACCUUUCAACUUUCCCUCCCAUAGCUUAAAAUAUUACAUGGCUUCACCCUUUUAAAUUGUCCCCUCCUCUCCACCACUUCAACUCUAUCUCUCUCCCUCUAAAUGGCCAACUUAGCAACUUUCUUUUUUCUUUGCUUAAGCUUGUCAAUUUCAUCGUAUCUCCAAGCUUUCCAUGCUAUGGCACAUGAGUGGCCUAGAGGGAGCUCAACCAGGUUCUAUGAUUUCAAGGUACAAACCCUGAGAGUUAAAAAACUGUGUAACGCCAAAGAGAUUGUCACCAUUAACAAAAUGUUCCCAGGACCUGUCGUUUACGCCCAAGAGGAUGAUAGAAUCAUUGUCAAGGUCACCAACGAGACCCCCUACAAUGCCACAAUUCACUGGUAUUGUCUAUCAUGAAGAUUACUAAUUAAUCGGAAAAGUCCAGAACUCUACCAAUUAUAUGUCAUCACC